CUCUCAUAAAUUAUUUGUUGUUUUCGCAAUUGUAAUCAUCUGAUUACUUUAGACAAUUAAAUUUAAUUUUGGCUAUUUUUUAAUCUCCAUUCGUGUUAACUAUCUGGUUAAUCAAUAGGUUAAUUAGAUGAUCGAUUAAAUUUCCAGGGAUCAAAAUAAUGAGACUUGAAAUCGUCAAUUUGACCUUUAGGUUAAACUGUGAACCGAUUAGUGACCAGCUGAAUGGACCUGAUGGAUUCUGCCGAUGAUAGAGAUUAUCUUAGAGUUUAUUUAGAUGAUUUAAAGCGAACCCAUGCCAAUGACUCUGGUUAUUUAGAAUAUUAUAAAGAUUUAAAACGAGCCUGGAAUAUAAUUGAUUCAGAUGAUUCUGAUUUCGAGGCUACUCAAUCCUUUGGAGAUGCUCCCAACUCUCAGGCCUUAAAUAGUUCAAAGGAAAAUGGUUCUCAUGUUACUGGACGAGGGCCCCACCCAAUAUCAUCCUCAUCCUCAUCCUCAUCAUCACAGCCUACGAAACAAAUACCAUACUGGAAAAAAAUAGCUGACACAUCAUUUGCUGUUGAUGCUUUUAACUUUGACCCUUCACCUGAGAUCACCUAUUACUUUUUAUCCCAUUUCCAUUAUGAUCAUUACAUUGGUUUAUCUUCCAAGUUCAAUGGUACAAUUAUUACAAGUAUGAUUACCGGUAAACUUGUUAUCGAUCAAAUUGGAAUCAAACCAAGUCAAGUAAUUAUGGUUACCAAUAGAUCACCGAUUGUUGUUGAUGGUAUUCAAGUGAUUCUAAUUGACGCUCAACAUUGUCCCGGAUCGGUGAUGUUUCUGUUCAUAUUACCUGAUGAACGACGGAUACUUCAUACUGGUGAUUUUCGUGCUUCCCCUGAAAUGGAAACUGAUCCAUUUUUAAUUGAACGACCAAUUGAUCAAAUUUAUUUAGAUACAACUUAUUGUCAUCCAGCUUAUAAUUUUCCCAGUCAAAUGGAUACAAUUCAAAUUACCAUUGAUUUAACAUUGAAACAUUUAUCGGAUGAUCCUAAAUUAUUAAUCGUUUGCGGUACUUACAAUAUUGGUAAAGAAAAAGUUUUCAAAAGUCUUGCAAAUGGAUUAUCAAUGAAUCUUUGGGUUAAUUCAACUAAAUUAAAAGUUCUCAAGAUAAUCAAUGAUCCAAUUAUCAAUGAAAAUCUGGUUGACGAUAAAGAUCAAGCUCAGAUUCAUGUGUUGCCGCUUUCAGAUAUAAAUCAUCAGUUUCUCAAAGGAUAUUUAAAGGGUUGUUGCAAUAGAUUCAGUUCAAUUUUAGCCUUUAAACCCUGUGGUUGGGAAGAUUGUGGAACUGCCGAAUCAAUCGUUCCGUCGGUCGAGAAUAAUGUUUACAUUUAUGGAAUUCCUUAUAGUGAACAUUCAAGUUACUCUGAAUUGGAACGAUUUAUCAAAUUUUUCAAGCCUCGAAUGAUAACCUCAACAGUUACUCAUACUAAUCCCGAUCGUCGAGUUAGUAUGUUCAAAAGUCUUGCUCAAUGGAAAUCAUCGUACCAGAACACAUCAAAUUCAUCUUAAUUAUCUCAUUAGUAUUACCAUUAUUUAAAUCUAAUUACCAUGAAAAUCAUAAUACAAAAAAAAGAGAUGAGGUUAAGGCUACAAAAAACUGUUCGAUUACAAUAACUUAUAUUAUUAUACUAUUAUAUGACCUUUACCUUAUUUUUCUUGAUAAAAUUCAAUAGCAAAAUUCAAGCAAUUAACCGUAAUAACAAUUGAUCAGUAAAAUGAAACAUUAAUUUGUCAAAA